AUGGACGCACGGAUCAUCCUCUCGGAAGCCACCUACAAGCUCCCGAUCCAACCCAAUACCCGGUACGUGCUCCGGCUCUAUUUUUACCCAUCGGAUUACCUCCGGUACAACAUCUCUUCCUCCUACUUCACCGUCACGGCAGCCAAAAUCACCCUCCUGAGAAACUUCAGCGCGUCAAUCACGGCUCGCGCCACCACCCAAGCUUAUCUGAUAAAGGAAUACUCACUUCCCCCCUCGAAUUCCGAUACGCUGGAACUCACCUUCAAACCCGAAAGUAAAGCAACCUUCGCCUUCAUCAACGGCAUUGAGCUGAUUCCGACCCCCAAUGGCAUGUUCGACACCGUGCAGAUGAUUGGGCUCAUGAGCAGCGAAAUGGAUAUUACGGGCGCGAGCCUAGAGACUCUGUUCAGGCUAAACGUUGGCGGUAGCCUGAUCGGACCCAAAAAUGAUACCGCCGGAAUGGGAAGAACUUGGUACAACGACAUGCCUUACAUUUACAGCGGAUCUGUCGGAGUGGUUACUUCAAUAAAGAAAGGGCAACACGUGAAGUACGAUCGUAUUCCACAUUACAUUGCACCUAUACAGGUCUACGAAAGCGCCAGAGCCAUGGGACCCGACGGCCUGGAAGUGAAUUCCAAGUACAACCUCACCUGGAAAUUCUCGGUGGAUCCCAAUUUCACCUACGUCAUCAGGAUGCAUUUCUGUGAUUUCCUGAUGACCCGCCCCAACCAGAGGAUCUUCGACAUCUACAUCAACAAUCAGACCGCUCAGGGAGACGACAACGCGUUGGACCCUGUCGGAACCGCCGGUGCUGGGGUUCCCUUCUACAAAGACUAUGGAAUCUUCGUCCGUGGUAAAGCAGAUAUCUUGAUCGAGCUCCAUCCCUCCAUGUUCUCUCAACCCGAGUUCUUAGACGCCAUUCUCAAUGGGCUAGAGAUUUUCAAGAUGGCCGCGAGUCGGAGCUUGGCGGGUCGGAAUCCAGAACUGUCGUCGAUGCUUGCCGCGGACAAUAUGAUUGUAAUCGCCGGAGCAGCUGGUGGGGCCGUCGGAUUCUGCUUGGUAGCUGCAAUUUUGAUCGUGCUGGUAAAUCGGCAGAACAGAAGGAGAAACCAAAGACCUCCCUGCCCUCACGGGUCAAGCUGGCUCCCACUCCGAGGAAGCUCGAUGAGUAGCAACUCCGACAGCAAUCACCUCAGCUCAUUGGCACAAGGACUCUGCCGACACUUCACGCUAUCAGAGAUGAAACGAGCGACCCAGAGCUUCCACGAAUCUAAUGUAAUCGGGAUCGGAGGGUUCGGGAAAGUGUACAAGGGUGCAAUCGAUGAGGGUUUGACCAAAGUAGCAAUCAAACGGUCGAAUCCACAAUCGGAACAGGGGGUGAACGAGUUCAAAACAGAGAUUGAGAUGUUGUCCAAGCUUCGCCACAAACAUCUAGUCUCCCUUAUCGGGUUCUGUGAGGAAGAGGGGGAGAUGUGCUUGGUAUAUGACUACAUGGCACUCGGGACAUUGCGAGAGCAUCUCUACGAUUCAAGGAAAGGUCCAAUGGGGAUGCUUUCGUGGAAACAGAGGCUGGAGAUUUGCAUCGGAGCGGCCAGGGGGCUUCACUACCUCCACACGGGAGCUCAAUACACCAUCAUCCACCGCGACGUGAAGACCACAAACAUACUGCUUGACGACAAAUGGAGCGCCAAGGUGUCCGAUUUUGGCCUGUCAAAAACAGGGGCCAACAUGGAGAAUGGUGCGGUGAGCACGGUGGUGAAAGGCAGCUUUGGGUACUUGGAUCCAGAAUACUUUAGAAGGCAACAAUUGACCGAGAAAUCGGAUGUUUACUCGUUUGGGGUGGUUCUAUUUGAGGUUUUGUGUGCUAAGCCGGCUUUGGACCCUAGCCUGCCCAAGGAGCAAGUGAGCCUCGCAGAUUGGGCACUUCAAUGCAAGCGAGAGGGAAGGUUGGUAGAGCUGGUUGAUCCUCAUAUCAAGGAGGAUAUCAAAGAAGAAUGCUUGAAUAAAUUCGCGGACACGGCGGAGAAGUGUUUGAAUGAUAGUGGAUUAGAGAGGCCUGGGAUGGGGGAUGUCCUCUGGAACCUUGAGUUUGCGCUGCAACUGCAGCAGGAGGAAGAUCAGGAAGGUGGUCGUAUUUGUGAGAGAGAUGAUUCAAAAUAA